UCCCCCGCCCGCCGCGCUCCCGCCCGCCGCUCUCGGUUUCCCCGCCGAGCCGCCGCCGCCGCCGCCAGCGAAGGUGCCGGGCGCCGGGCCCUCCCCGCCGGCGCGGCCGUCAUCGCCCAGAGCGGGUGCGCGGCGGGAGCGCGGAGGGGGCGGCCGCCGCCAGCGCCGCCGCCGCGCAGGAGCAGGAGGAGGAGAAAGGGUGCGCAGCCCGGAGGCGGGGUGCGCCGGUGGGGUGCAGCGGAAGAGGGGGUCCAGGGGGGAGAACUUCGUAGCAGUCAUCCUUUUUAGGAAAAGAGGGAAAAAAUAAAACCCUCCCCCACCGCCGCCUUCUCCCCACCCCGCCGCCGCACCACACACAGCGCGGGCUUCUCGCGCUCGGCACCGGCGGGCCGGGCGCGUCCUGCCUUCAUUUAUCAAGCAGCUUUUCGGAAAAUGCAUUUGCUGGUCGGAGUUUAAUCCGAAGAGGAUUCCUGCCCCCGUGCCCGGCUCGUCCACCGGCCCCCCGUCCCUGUCCGUCUCCCGUGGAGGCGUGAAGAGGUCCCGCGGAUAGAGAUCCAUGUCUGUGCCCGCGCGUGUGUGUGCGUGUGUAAAUUGCCGAGAGGGGGAAAAUCACAGGACUUCUGCCAGUACCGGACUGAAAAUUGUAAUUCAUCUGCCGCCGCCGCUGCCUUUUUUUUUCUCGUGCUCUUGAGCUCUCCGGUCGGGAUUCCUGCGGAUUGACAUUUCUGUGAAGGAGAAGUCUGGGAAUCAAACUGGAAAUUCUCCUCAUUUGUACCCACCGCACCCCACCCCCGACUCCUGAUUCAUUUGGAAGUUUCAGAGCAGCUAUAACUGGAGAGUUCUGGAGAUCGAUGGAAUCUUUGCCUUAUGCAUUUGUUUUGUUUUCACAAAAAAGGAAACUUGACAGAGGAUCAUGCUGUCCUUAAAAAAUACAAGUAAGUUCUUUGCACAGGAAAUGGGUUUAAUGUAACUUUCAAUGGAAAACCUUUGAGAUUUUAACUUUAAGUGCGUUCGAGUGAGUUGAAUUUCCAGGCAGUUUAAUACAUUCUUUUCAGCCGUGUAACUUGCAGUAUAUGCCCGGCUUCCACCCAGUGUUUAAAAGGAAAGUGCACCUGAUUUUGACUUAGUUUUGUUUUGUUUUGUUUUGUUUUAACCUUUCAGCAUCACAGAGGAAGUAGACUGAUAUUAACAAUAAUUAAUAAUAAUGUGCCUCAUGCAAUAAAGAUCCGAAAGGAAUUUAAGUAAAAAUUUCCUGCAUCUCAUGCCAAGAGGGAAACACCAGAAUCAAGUGUUCCGCGUGACUGAAGACACCCCCUCAUCCAAGAAUGCGAAGCACAUCCAAUAAAAUAGCUGGAUUAUAACUAUUCUUUCUUUCGGGGCCGUGGGGCGGGAGCAGGGGCGAGAGGUGCUGUUGGUCCCCGGCUGCUUUUCCUCGGGGGCAGGAUGGCGCACGCUGGGAGAACAGGGUAUGAUAACCGGGAGAUAGUCAUGAAGUACAUCCACUAUAAGCUGUCGCAGAGGGGCUACGAGUGGGAUGCCGGGGACGCGGGCGCCGCGCCCCCGGGGGCCGCCCCCGCGCCGGGCAUCUUCUCCUCCCAGCCCGGGCGCACCCCUGCGCCCGCCAGGACCUCCCCGCCGCCGCCCCCGGUCGCCCCCGCCGCCGCCGCCGCCGCCGCGGGCCCUGCGCUCAGCCCCGUGCCACCUGUGGUCCACCUGACCCUGCGCCAGGCCGGCGAUGACUUCUCCCGUCGCUACCGCCGCGACUUCGCGGAGAUGUCCAGCCAGCUGCACCUGACACCCUUUACCGCAAGGGGACGCUUUGCCACGGUGGUGGAGGAGCUCUUCAGGGAUGGAGUGAACUGGGGGAGGAUUGUGGCCUUCUUUGAGUUCGGUGGGGUCAUGUGUGUGGAGAGCGUCAACCGAGAGAUGUCGCCCCUGGUGGACAACAUCGCCCUGUGGAUGACUGAGUACCUGAACCGGCACCUGCACACCUGGAUCCAAGACAACGGAGGCUGGGAUGCCUUUGUGGAACUGUACGGCCCCAGCAUGCAGCCUCUGUUUGAUUUCUCCUGGCUGUCCCUGAAGGCCCUGCUCAGUCUGGCCCUGGUGGGGGCUUGCAUCACCCUGGGUGCCUAUCUGGGCCACAAGUGAAGUCAGAAGGCCUGCCACAAACAAAUAUGCAAAAGGUUCACUAAAGCAGUAGAAGUGUAUGCAUCGCCAGUGAUGUACCAUGAAACGAAGCCGUGGUCUCUUAAAAACAAAACCUAAAACAAAACAAAAACAGCUUUCGGGCUCAGCGUCGAAUCAGCUAUUUACUGCCAAAGGGAAAUACCAUUUAUUUUUUACAUUCUCAAGAAAAAAAAAAAAAAAGAUUUAUUUAUUUAAGACAGUCCCAUUGAACCUCCUGUCUUUGGAAACCCUACCGCCAAUUGCCAAGCCCCACCUGGGCAGCUCCACCUGGCUCUCCUGUGCCUAUAAACACGGAUUUGUUUUCCAUGUUGUUGGCUGGACUGACUCACCAUCUGAAGAGCAAACAAACUGACAAAGGACUUGACUGUUCCAGAAGCCGGCUGUUGGAAGUUAGGAAGAAGGUGUUCAUUUUCCUUGCAUUUCUUUGCCCUGGGGGCUGCGAUAUUAAGAGAAGGAAGGCGCUCGGCGAAGUCCAUUCUUCCUGGCCCGAAGAACAACACACUUUGCAUAUGGUUCACAUGGUACAGACCCAGUGGGGAGAAAACACUGGGGAACUUCAGAUGGACUUGGUACCCACCAAGAUUUCCACAGCGAAGGACAGUGAUGGGGAAAAUGCCGUUAAACCAUAGGAAAGUAUUUUUUUAAGCUACCAAUUGUGCCGAGAAGCAUUUUAGCAAUUUAUCCAAUAGCAUCCAGUACCUUAAGCCCUGAUGUGCAUAUUCAUACAUUUUUGGAUACACUCUCCCCCCCACCCCCAAUACUGGCUCUGUCUGUGUAUGAAACCGAAUCCUCCCGAAUGCGAGGAAGUGAACGUUUCGGUGACUUAUCCAGAAGCAUCAGGCCGCCACAAGUGCCUGCGUUUCCCUAAGAGGCCACAGUCUGAAGCCCUGCCUUGCCCCAGCUCGGAGGCCCCGUCCUGGAACUGAGCCUGGGCACUCGCUGGCCGGCUCCAAGGGUUUUAAACAGAGCAGUGUGGUCUCCGAAUGUCUGGAAGCUGACAGAGCUCAGAAUCCCACUGUCAAGAAAGAACAGUAGUCGGCCUGGGCCUGCGGCCCUGGGCCCUCCAGUCGGGCCCUUUUCCCUCGUGGAGCGUGCAACCUGGAAGCCGAGGCUCUUAAGACGUUGAUCACCGUGGAGGGGAGGAAACAGAGGCACUGCGCCUUUCCCGGCAGAGGGAGGUGGCCAUGCCGCCACCAAAAGGAAACCGGGGGAAGGAGACAGGUGCAGCGCGUGUGCGGAGUGGCCGCCGCGCAUGCGUACUGGCUGCGCAGUUGAAAGCCAGGCUUUAAAUGACUUUGGGGAAGGUCGUAAAUCCUAAAGAAAGCGUUGAAACGAGGUGUCAUGGAUUAACUGACCUAUGUCUAUGGGAUUACGAUGUAAAACAUUAUCUUGUCAUUGUAGUUUGGGGUUUUUUUGGAAACCUGACAGAGGGAGAAAAAAAAAAAAAGUUCCAGGUGUGGCAUGUGGGAAUUUAUCUGUACCUCCUGGGGCAUUAAAAAAGAAAAAAAGAAAAAAAAAAUGUCAGUGGUGAAAACUCUAGAGACGUAGUAAAGAAGUGAAAUCUCCAGCUAAUAAACUAGAAAAUAUUUUUUUCCAGUUUAGAAUCGGCUUUGAGACAUUUAUGGAGUAAAUGUGGCAUUAUUGCAUUAUAUACCAUUUAUCUGUAUUAACUUCGGAAUGUACUAUGUUCAAUGUUUAAUGCUGUGGUUGAUGUUUUGAAAGCUGCUUUAAAGAAAUACAUGCAUCUCAGCAUUUUUUAAAAAUUGUAUUUAGUUACGGCCUCUACACUAUUUGUUAGCAAAAAUUACCAUCUUUCCAUUUGGGGUUUUUGUCUCAAUUCUUUAAAAGCAUUUCUGAUAAGGAGAGAGAAUCCCUGGGUCUCAGCGACGUGAAAACCCCCUGGAGCGUGCUGGCCACUGAGGGAGAUUGCUUCAACCUAGUUAUGUGCGUUUCCACGUCAACAGAAUUGUUUAUUGUGAAGGACGUAUCUCUUGUCCCUUUGACCUUGUUCCUUGAAGGUUUCUUAGUCCCUGGGCAAAUCAGAAUCUAACUCAUAUUAGUUAGGACGACAUCCAUGUUUGGUUAACCCCAUGAGAUUCAUUCAGUUGAAAAUCCAGAUGGGAAAUGACCAGGGGAUUACAUUCUGGCCACGCUGGUUUGAUCUUUAGAGGGUUGCUCUUCGUGGUCUGUUUUGACACAGAUCCAUCCAGAGCGCUCCUGCCCUCCUUCCACAGGGCCCGUCCCAUGGCUGUCCUUCAGAUUCUUCCUGAAAUGCAGUGAUGCCUGUGCGCCACCCUGAGAAAGCAGGAAACCCAUGGUAUGAAGCCAGACCUCCCUGGCAGGCCUCAGGGAACCGGAUGAUCAGACCUUUGAAUGAGUCUAAUUUUUAAGCGAAAUACUAUUUUCGGAAAGGUUUACAUUGUCAAAAGCGAUGAGUAUGGAAUAUCAAAUCCUGUGCUGCUAUCCUACCAAGAUCAUUUUCGUGGAGUCAAUUUGCAGUAUGCUCCAAAUAGCGAAAUCCUUCAAGCUGCUUUCGAAGUUAACAGUGAAGAACAUGGACAUUUUUAAUAUAAGACUGUCUUUUGUUGUUGUUGUUGUUGUUGUUGUUGUUGUUAUUGUUCAAAGAGGAUUUGAAGAGUAUUCUAAAGAUGUAUAUAUAUAAAAAAAAAAAAAAGGUCAUGGGGGCUAACUUCUGGCUGGUUUUCUUUUGCUGUGGGGUUUUGGUAUCUGGUUUUAAUGGUAAAUGUGCCUGGCCACCUGCCCCCAAAACCGUAUAGUAUCGUGGCUUCACUUGCUCUAAGAGUAGUUGUUGCAUUUUUCUUGUUCUUAAAAACAUGUUAGAAGCAAUGGACGUAUAUAAAAGCCUCAACUUGUCA